GUCGCGUUGGUGUUUUUAUAUAUUCGAAGACUAUUUUCCCGUAAAUUUUUAAGGAAAACAUUUUCUCCGAUUUUGAAGAAAACAUCCUUUGUAGGAAAACAUUUUUCAAAAUAUUUAGCGCAACUAAAUAAGAAAAAAUAGGAAAAUAUUUUUCGGAAAACCUUUUCCGCCGUACCGUUGUAUUAUGGAGUAGCUUCUAUUGAAAUAAAGUUCUCUUAAUCGAUCAGUGAUUCAUGAAAAUCUAUUUAGAAUAACUUAAAGUUGUUUACAUGAUAAUCUUUCUUUUUGCAGGGGUUGAUAAUUUCAGCUAAAAGUGCUGUGACACUACUCUUUUUGUUUCCUCUCUAGAGACAUCAGGUUGAAAAUAUUACUGGAUUAGAUUGGGCGAAUGGAGAAUUUUGAAAAUUAUAAUUCUGAUGAAAAUGAUGCCUACUUCUGGCUACCUCCUGAAUCAGAAGAUUAUUAUGAUGAUGAUACGGAAUUUGAUAAUGACGAUGACCUGAAUUUGGGCAAGCCAACUUCUUUAUUCAACACGGAAAAUGGAGGUUCUAGAAGCGACAAGUUUAAAGAGGAAAAGCAAAAGUUAUUAAAGGAUAUGAUGGAUCAGAAGCUUAAGCCCCUUGUUAAUGACCUGCUUAAUUCUUUUGGUGUUGUCUCUGACAAUUGGGUUGACAUAGUAAUUUCCUUGUCAUUCGAGGCUACUUCAUUUCUGAAGCCUAAUGCCACUCAAGGAAAGGCGGCUAUGGAUCCUAAUCGAUAUUUGAAAGUAAAAUGUAUUGCAACCGGUUCUCGCACCCAAAGUCAAUUUAUCCGAGGCUUGGUCUUCAAUAAACAUGCUACUCACAAACACAUGCCUACAAAGUAUAAUAAGCCUAGAUUGAUGUUGAUCCAGGGUUAACUUGGUGUCUCUUCAAAUGAAUUGUCAGAAUUAUACUCGAUGCAUCAGGAGUAUCGUAGAGUGGAGUACUCUAUCAUUAACAAGAUAGGAAUGUACGAACCAGAUGUUAUUUUAGUGGAGAAAUAUGUUUCCCGUGACAUACAAGAGUAUGCUCUUCGUUAUGGAUGGACACUAGUCCUUGAUAUCAAGCUACAUCGACUGGAGAGAAUUGCUCAAUGCACGGGCUCAUCAAUCAUAUCUCCUGAAAUAUUAGAAUGCGAAAAGCUCAAGCAGUGUGAUUCCUUUUAAUUUGAGAAGUUUCUAGAAGAACAUGCCUCUUCUGGUGAUAGUGGGAAAGCGCCUAGCAAAACACUGAUGUUUAUUAAGGGCUGUUCUACUCGUCUUGGAUGUACAAUUUUGUUAAUGGGAAGUAACAGCAAUGAAUUGAAGAAGGUUAAAUAUGUGGUCAGGCGUGCAGUCACCACGGCAUAUAAUUUAAUCCUUGAGACUUGUUUCCUUCUAGAUCAAAAAGCAAUGCUCUCAACUAGUCCUCCUAACCAAGUUGUGAAUCUAAUAAUCACUGAUGGAGAGCUAUCUGUCAGUGUGGGGCAACAAAUCCUUCCUACUAAUGAGGAACCUAUUGCUGAGACCAGUUCAUCCUUAGAGGAAGAAGGCGAGUCUCUAUCGUUUAAGCCAAACAAUCCAGAAGAUCAUGGCCUAACUGAUGUUCAAGUUUCUAUUGAUCUAGAACAAAGGGCCACUCUUUCUGACAAAGAGAAGACACCUGAAAAGGAACGGUUACAUUGUCCAUUACUGAGUGCAGAAGAGUCUCUGGAUGUUCGUGAAGAUGAAGGACAUAAUAUGGAUGUCAUGAUAUCAUCAUUACAUUGGGAGAGUAUUUCAGUAAUGAUGUCAAGUUGCAACGCUAAAAGAGGCACUAAGUGUGAGCAUAUUGCUCUUUCUAGAAUCAAGUUCUAUCAAGAUACUGAUAUUCCCCUUGGGAAGUUUUUGCAAGAUAAUUUGCUAAAUCAGAACCACCAGUGCUGGACGUGUGGUGAAUCCCCUGAAGGUCACAUCUUCCGUUAUGCACAUCAAGGAAAGCUACUCACUAUUCAAGUUCGUUCUCUUCCAUUGCACAAGGUCCUUCCAGGUGAAAGGGAACGGAAACUUUGGAUGUGGAGUCGCAAUGGACGCUUAGAGAAUACAAAAAGAGUUUUAAUGUCCAGUGGCUCCCGUGGUUUGUCAUUUGGAAAAUUUUUGCAGCUCACUUGCUCAAACCCCUCUUUGUUUAGUACACUGCCCGACUCCAGGGAUUUUCUCUACUUCUUCGGAUUGGGGUCAGUGGUCGCAAUGUUCAAGUACUCAAAUCUUACUAUUUAUUCCGUCUCUCUUCCACCUGUGAAGCUGGAGUUUAGCGGGUCGAUCAAAGGAAAGUUCAAGGAUGUUGUAGAUGUUUACAUGAAAGCGAUUAGGAUGUUUCUUGAUGUAGAGAAUGCUUUAAAGGCAAUACAGUCAGGCAGUAAUAGAACAACCGUAAAUCUACAAGGGUCAACUUUGGCAUUCUCUGAAGUUGAGAAAAUGUUGAAGGAAGAGAGAUCUCAAUUUGAGAUUGAAAUUGAAAACACAGCGAAAGAGGACGCUGUGUAUAAAGCUCUGAGCUUAAACAGAAUACGGCUGGAGCUUCUGCUUGUGCACUGUGUGUGGGAUCGCCGUCUUCAUUUGCUGAUGUCAUCUGACUGUAGAGUUACAUAUCCCGAAACCAUUGACCAGAAGCAUCGGGAAAGAGAUUCCCUCUCAGUAAUAAUAGAGAAUGACAAAGGGUGGUGGACUCCUUUCCCUGAAAUUCGACAUGAAUACAUGAAGAAUCUUCAGAGAGGUCACUUAACAAGAUUAGGUGCAGAAACUGUAGCUUGUAAACUUACCACUGCUGAAGAUGGAAAGCUCCAUAUUCCCCUUGACAAGAAUGACAAGUAUAUUGUGUCUCAUUAUGAAGAUGAAUUUUCUAGCAUAAUUGCUUGUGCGGCCUUGCUGAAGUAUUUGCCUGUUGUGAGUCAACAUCAUGAAGUUGAUCAUUCGAGGAAUUUUUCCGGAGAGCAUAAAUACUCCGUAAUCUGUCCCUAUGCUGCCCAAUUUCUUCAUCUGCGAGAUCGGUGUUGCCUUUCUGAACUUGAUUAUAUUUCUUCCUUAAGUAGGUGUAGGAGCUCGGAUCCAAACGCCAAAACCAUUGAUGAUCGGUUCAUCGUAAAGGAAAUCAGGAGAAAUGAAUAUGAAUCGUUCUUGAAGUUUGCUCCUUGUUAUUUUGAUUACAUGGAUCAGUGCAUAGAGAAAAAGAAUCCAACCUGCCUUGCGAAAAUUCUUGGCGUUCAUCAGGUCAUGGUAACACCACGAUGUGGGAAAGAGACGAGGCAUGACUUCGUGGUGAUGGAGAACCCUUUUUUUGGAAAAAAUAUUACUCGACAAUAUGAACUGAAAGGCAUUUUGCAUGGUCGAAUUAAUUCGUCUGACAAUGGCUUUCUUCGGGAGCAAAACUUUGUGAAUGACAUGAAUAUUUAUCCCAUAUAUGUUUCUAACAGCUCAAAAAUGAAACUGCAAAAAGCUGUAUGGAAUGACACCACUUUCCUCAAUUCAAUCAAUGUGAUGGACUAUUCUCUAUUUGUGGGAAUGGAUACUCAAGGCAAUGAACUUGUUUGUGGCAUCAUUGAUUAUCUAACACAGUACACAUGGAACAAACAACUCCUGAAUUGGUUCAAAGUCAUAUCCCCCAAGGAGUAUAAAAAGAGAUUUAGGAAGUUUAUCAACACAUAUGUUCCUACUAUUCUAGAUCAAGUUUGAAUCAAAGAUCCUCAAAUCCGUAAAACUUUUUGGUAUUGGCAAUGUCAAAGCUUCAGUCUCCUCAUAGUGCUUACAUAAUACCAAGUCAUUCAAUGGCGUUUGCAGUAGAAGAAAUUCUUUUUGUGAUCUGUAUUUGUGAGAAUUGAUUUUGAAGUACUUUGUUUUCUCAAUUGUGAAGGUGCAUGUUUGGGUUGGGUUUUGGAAGAAUGAUUUUGAGUGUGUUUCAAUUAGAAAUUAAAUUUGAAUGCUGUUAAAUUAAA